AUGGCGUCGGGGCUGGGGCGGCUGCUGCUGCGGGCGCCUCGCUGCCUCCUGGCGCCGGCCGCGCCCGCCCUCGCCCCGCCGGUGCGGGAAGUGAAGAGCUUCCGCGCCGCCGUCCGCUUCCAGAAGGAGCUGGAGCGGCGGCGCCUGCUCCGGUGCCCGCCGCCGCCCGUCCGCCGUUCAGAGAAGCCCAACUGGGAUUACCAUGCUGAAAUACAAGCAUUUGGACAUCGGCUACAGGAAACCUUUUCCCUCGAUCUUCUCAAAACUGCAUUUGUUAAUAGCUGCUACAUUAAAAGUGAGGAGGCCAAACGACAAAAACUUGGAAUAGAUAAAGAAGCCGUUCUUCUGAAUGUUAAAGAUAAUCAAGAACUAUCUGAACAAGGCUCAUCUUUUUCACAAAGUUGCCUCACACAGUUUCUUGAGGAUGCAUUCCCAGACUUGCCCGCUGAAGGUGUUCAAAGUCUUGUUGACUUUCUCACUGGUGAGGAAGUCGUGUGUCAUGUGGCUAGGAACUUGGCUGUUGAGCAGUUAACGCUGAGUGCGGAAUUUCCAGUCCCCCCGGCUGUAUUACAGCAGACUUUCUUUGCAGUAAUUGGAGCCCUGCUACAGAGCAGCGGCUCUGAGAGGACCGCACUUUUCAUCAGGGACUUCUUAAUUACUCAACUGACUGGGAAAGAACUCUUUGAGAUUUGGAAGAUCGUCAAUCCCAUGGGGCUGCUGGUGGAAGAGUUGAAAAAAAGGAAUAUUUCAGCUCCUGAGUCGAGACUUACCAGGCAGUCUGGGAGCACCACAGCCUUGCCUGUGUAUUUCGUUGGCUUAUACUGUGAUAAAAAGCUGAUUGCAGAAGGACCUGGGGAGACAGUCCUGGUUGCAGAAGAGGAAGCUGCUCGAGUGGCCCUCAGGAAGCUCUAUGGGUUCACUGAGAACAGACGGCCGUGGGAUUAUUCCAAACCCAAAGAGAAUUUCAGAGCAGAAAAGACCAUCACUGCCAGCUAGCCAGCCAAAGACGUGGGAACCUGAAGUUUGUGAGCCAGGCAUUGAGACAAGUGUCAGGUGUUCAAAGUUGGACAUUUUUCAAAUUGUAAAGGAAUGUGUUUUAUUCCUUAAACUGAGUUCCUAAAAUUAAACAAGUCUUCAUCAGGGCACAUGUUUUUUUUCUUAAAUUAUUUUUGUUUCCUCAUCUUUUUUGAUGUUUUCCCAGUAAAUUUUUCCAUGGUCUUUGAUUUU